AUGGACGUUCAAAAUAACUAUCAAAAUUAUAAAGAGACGUCUCCUGAUUGUAAGGAAACUAAUUUGAAUAUUGAAAGUGCAAGAACUUCGCAAAUAAAAUCAGAAAUGCAACCAACAGUUUUGAAUCAAGCAAAGACAUCGAAACGAUCUUUUGAUGUAGCUUUUCUGAUGAUGCCUGAUGAGAAAGUACGUUCGAAGCCUCCAGAACGACAACUUAGAGUCUCCAAACAACUGUUCCAUAAUGAAGAAUGGGAACAAGUGCCACCUAAGAGAAUGCCAGAGAUUUAUAAGCAUAGUGAUUACUCAAACGAGAACACGAUGGACUUGAAAGACCAUGAUGAUGACCGCAUAUGUGUAAACAAUAACAUAUCUCCAACCUUUGGAUCUGAUAUAAAUAUAGAUGUUGGGACAGAUGAAUAUCCCAGCAAAACCAUGUACUGUAGCGAUUCCGAAAACUCUGAGCGAUCUAGGAGUCGGCCAAAUUCUAAUGAAAGUGCAGCGCGACAGCCGAAGUUUUUACCAGAAUAUAAGAAUAAAAUAUUCGACGACCCCACUCUGAUAAGCAUGCAGUCAAGAGCCCGCUAUGAAAGGUAUUCGGAGAAAUCUGAUAUGUCUCCUAAAAGUGCUUUUACGAAAGUGUCCAAUUUUGCAACAAGGUCACCAAACCCAUCCGUCAGUCCAGACAAUUUACUUUAUCAAAACUCUGUGAGCCCACCGCUGUCAGCCGCUAGUCCACCGACAACUUCUUUUAACAAAUCACCUGGUUUUAACUCCCUGCUUACUCCAGCGCACAUUUUGAACAGCAGCAACUUCUUCAAGGGUCAAAAUGUACCAUCAUCAUCACCGAAUUACCCAGACUCGGCAAUGCAGCAACGACCAGCCGCCUUCAAUAAAGGUAUGGUAUACCAAGAUAAACCAGAUAAGGCGGUACAUAUAUCGCCAAACAAAAUAAAUUUCUUACCGUUCAGACCAGAAAUACCGUAUCUCCAAGCUGGAUCAUCGUAUCCGUUUAGUGUACAGAAUUUUCAGCCACCAAAUUCAGAUUUCAUGAAGUUUCCUGUGCCUUCAAGGGACCCACCAGUAAAUCCUUUGAUCGCAAAUCCAGCGGCAGCCCUCCUUAGCACUUUAUUACCACCCACUCUAGCUGCGUUUACUUUACCGUCGCAGAAUGUUUGUGCAAAGUGCAGCAUCAGCUUCCGUAUGACGUCUGACUUAGUAUACCAUAUGCGCACACACCACAAGAGUGAGUCUGCUGUCGAUCCACAUAGAAGAAAAAGGGAAGAAAAGUUAAAGUGCCCAGUUUGCAACGAAAGUUUUCGAGAACGUCACCAUUUAACUAGACACAUGACCGCGCAUCAGGACAAGGAAGGCGAUUUAGACGAAGUUCCCGUUUCAUCAAAUUAUAAUAAGAAAAACAAACAACUUUAUUCGCAUAAUGGUAGUUCUCUUUUACACAAAUAA